CCACAAUAUAUUUCAUGACUUGCACAUAAAUCCUUGAACCGCAAAAAACGCCGGCUGCUGCCACCACUUAUGCAGCCAGACGUUGACCGCCACAACACGACCCAAAAGCAUCCUCGUCAUCUUGUUCCCGUCUGCCCGUCGCCGCCGACCCCACCGCGGCCACUUCGCCGUAAGAGAUCACCACCACGAUCCGACUCUCUCCUUUACCCACCCCCCGAGACCUUGAGCUUCAUUUGCGCAAUCGACUUCACCGGCGACAGUGGCCAUGGCAUAACCGAGGUGCUCCAUUGGCUUUGCUAUGUGAUAAGCACACUUUUCCGACUUGCUUACCCGCGCCGUUCUCCCCCUAUUGUUAUCUGGAGUGUGAGUGGGGUAAGGUGGGGGUGGGAGAUGCAUGGGAAGCAUUGUUUCCGAAAGAGAAAAGAUGCCAACCGUGUCUGUUUGCUCUUCCACUCACUCACCCUAUCACACAUCGCCAUCUUUCUUUAUGAAGAUCUUGACCUACGCAUUCUUACGCCGAACCAGACGAAUAUCAUCUGCUACCUGACUUACUCGGACAUCGCUUGCAUGCAUACCAUGGCACGGCGCGCCAUCGUUGUCCUGCUUGGCCAACACAACAACAGGGGCUGGCACAUCAAUCUGCACUCACACCCAAACAAUCACCCACACAUAAUCCCUGACUCCCCGCCAUCACGCAAUCAUUACUACUCUAGGACGUUUCUAACUCCAACGCAGCCGGCUAAUAUCGCGGCCAGUCUACCCGCCACCACCACCACCACCACCACUACCUACUCCCAUUCCCUUGGCGAAAUUAACCCCCGAACACUUACGGCCGUACACUUUCACAGCCUGUCCGGCCAUGGUGCCUUGAGCCGUGCCGCGCCGUGCCGCCUCGUGCCGCGCCACACCGCCCCGCACUCUUGGCCCGCCCCCCUGCCACCCGCUUCUCUGUCCGCUAUCGAUGUGUCUUGGGAGGUGCGCGUCUCAGCCAGGUAUACGGUAUACCAUGGAACAAGUCAGCAACCUUUGUCUCUGCGCCCGCUCGACUCGAUGAUGCUGAAGAGCGGAGUGGAGCCAUUAUGCGGGUGGUUGUCUCGCAGACAGAAGUUGUCUCUUCGGGUAUUUGGAUUGUACGCUGACCACCCUUUUCCUGAUGCCGCUACAAAAGCCUAGCGCCAUGGACCAGAACCCGGCUUCGUUGCUUCAGACGCCGGAGCAAUGGCCCCUUUGCUCAGAAUUGGAUACGCCCUUCUCCUCUGCCUACUUCUCCGCCGACGACCUACAGGCAUACGCCAUGCAAAACCGCACCACCACCAUGCCCGAGCCCUACCGUCCGCAGCCCACAGCAGACCUCAUGUUUCUUGACAUGCCGAUUCCGGGCCCUGAUGCCGGUCUCGGUCUCGGCCUCGGAUGGUACGUGGACCUUGUUGACGAUGGCUUGAGCAUCCUGGCGUGCUACGGCGGCUCGGGCCAAGACAACCACCGCCCU